GUUUUAGGGCUUUUAUAUGUAUGUUUGAUUUUGAAAUUUUGGGAUUUCACAGGUAUAUGUUUACGAAUGGCCUCACAAGUUUGCAUGAACAAUUUGUGCCGGGCGUCAUCGUCGUCGACCGAUUGGAAAAAAGGCUGGCCCCUGCGAUCCGGUGAAUUUGCCAAUCUUUGUGAUAAGUGCGGGAAUGCUUAUGAGCAACUAGUCUUCUGUGACAUUUUCCACUCAAAGGACACUGGUUGGAGGGAAUGCACUUCAUGUGGCAAGCCGCUCCAUUGUGGAUGCAUUGCUUCCAGCUCUUUGCUUGAGCUACUUGACAGUGGUGGUGUAAAUUGCAUUAGCUGCGCAAAAAGUUCAGGAGUUUGCACUGCCAAAACUGAUGAAAAGGCUAAAGGAUUAGGCAUCACAAUGUCAAAAACUGUUGGUGAAAUUCAAUCGACUUCUGUGAGCGGGCAAGUGAAUGGUGGCAACUUCGACAAAAUGAAGCUUAAGCAGUGUAGCGACAGUGCUGAAAAUAAUGGCCAGAAGCACUUGCUUCCAUAUCAGAAUAAUGAUACAAAUGGAUCUAUUGGUCAAAUGAAACAGGAAGAAGAAGUAUCACUACCUGUAGGAGAAAUUGGAAGCACACGUUUAUCAAACUUCAAUCAAACAUCAAUUAGAUCAUCUCAUACUUCUGACAUAGACAUAUAUAAGUCAAGUUUUGGGGCCAAAGAUGUACAUGGAUCACUAGUUCAGACAAAUUUAACUAUUGCAUUGUCUGCUCCAUCGGGAAACUCAAAUGCCUUUCCUGUUGUGGUUUUUGAAGAAAGGGAACUGAGCAAAGCUAUAUCAUCUAUUCAGCAGGGUUCUAGGUCUCGCCAUCUUUUGCCAAAGCCCUCAAAAUCAGUUCUUGCAGCAGGAUUUGGUGCAAAUGACAGCAUGAUUUCACAGAUACGUGUUGCAAGACCACCUGUUGAGGGACGGGUUAAGAAUCAAUUGCUUCCUCGUUAUUGGCCCCGGAUUACGGACCAAGAGUUGCAGCAGAUAUCUGGAGACUCAAAUUCCACCAUAGUGCCAUUAUUUGAAAAGGUUUUGAGUGCCAGCGAUGCUGGUCGAAUUGGUCGUUUGGUUCUUCCAAAAGCAUGUGCUGAAGCAUAUUUUCCACCUAUCUCACAACCGGAGGGCCUUCCUCUAAUGAUUCAAGAUGUGAAGGGGAAAGAAUGGGUGUUUCAAUUCAGAUUUUGGCCAAAUAAUAAUAGCAGGAUGUAUGUAUUAGAGGGUGUAACCCCUUGCAUACAAUCCAUGCAAUUGCGGGCUGGAGAUACUGUAACUUUCAGUCGCAUGGAUCCAGAAGGAAAACUUCUAAUGGGGUUUCGGAAAGCAUCAAGCACUAUUCCUAUGCAGUCACUGAAAGGAAGCACGGAUCCGCGCCUAAAUGCACUAUGGAAACAUGCCAAUAGUGGGGAUUUGAACUGGCCGAUCACUGAGAAGCAUGUAGGCAAGACAGGAGAUGGUCUUAUGCCGCUAGCAAUGCUGGAUUCAGAGAGGAAAAGAAGUCGUAAUAUUGGGUCAAAAAGUAAGAGGUUACUCAUUGAUAGUCAAGAUGCUUUGGAGCUGAAGCUAUCAUGGGAAGAGGCACAGGAUAUGCUCCGCCCACCUCCUAGUGGCAAGCCAAGCACUGUCACAAUUGAGGAUCAUGAAUUUGAGGAGUAUGAAGAACCCCCUGUUUUUGGGAAGAUGAGCAUUUUCACUGCCCGCUUGUCUGGGCAGCAGGAGCAGUGGGCUCAAUGCGAUAAUUGUUAUAAAUGGCGGAGGUUGCCGGAGGAUUUCCUUCUCCCUCCGAGAUGGACAUGUGAGGAAAAUGUUUGGGAUCAAAGAAGGUGCUCAUGUUCUGCAGCAGAUGAAUUGGGCCAUUGGGAACUUGAAAAUCUUCUCAAGAUGAACAAGGAUUUGAAAAAGCAUAGAACUGGAACAAGCCAUAGGUCAGCUCAGGAGCUUGAAUCUGCUGGUCUUGUCAACACCACUACUGUUGGAGAUGAUGUGCGCGAGCCAGGUGCCACAUCAGUUGCGACCACUACUAAACACCCUAGGCAUCGGCCUGGUUGCUCUUGUAUUGUGUGCAUCCAGCCUCCCAGUGGAAAGGGGAAACACAAGCCUACGUGCACAUGCAAUGUAUGCAUGACAGUUAAACGACGUUUUAAGACUCUAAUGAUGCGUAAAAAGAAGCGUCAAUCCGAACGUGAGGCAGAAAUUGCCCAGAGGAGUCAAAUUAUAUGGGGUCCUAAGGAGGAAGUGGAAGUAGAUAGCAUCUCUAGACAAGGGACGUCACAGAUUGAAAUCAGAUCAGCAAGUGAGUUACAACCUAGGGGCCAAAGCAACAGUCAGUCCCAAAAGGUUUCUGAAACUGGUAAGGAACAAUUAGACUUGAAUUGUCAUCCAGACCGUGAAGACGUGCAAACGGGGUCAACCCAUGUAAGCAUGAUGAGCCUUCUUCAAGAAGCCAGCCGUCCCUUGGACACAUAUCUGAAGCGGAAUGGGCUUACAAGCUUGAUUUAUGAGCAGCAAGCAAGUUCAGGAUCGCUUGGGAUGCCACAGGUUACUGGGGAGAGUGAGGGAUGGCUCCAUGAGGAUCCUUGUCUUACUCCAGCAAUCCAUGAGCAGGAGAGGGAGGGUGAUGAAGAGCUUUGUGGAUCAAAUAAAAGUCAAAAUGAUCCUUCAUGAUUUUUUUCUCCUCGACUUUUGAUAUUUCCUAGCACCCCAUACUUACAAAUGAGUAUGAUUUAUGGUUAGUUAGAGUCUUGUGUGUAUUUGUCACAUAAUUUGUAUUGAAUAAAAUGUGAGAGAUUCAAUUUUUUUUUGGAUAAAUGUGAGAGAUUCAAUUGACAGAGUGC